UCCACCCUCUCUGAAAGAAACUGUUUCUUACUUUAUACUGUCUUUAUGUUUGAUUUGUACAGCUCUCCUAGCCAGAGGAGGUGAGACAUCCGUUCCCUCUACAAGACAGUCUGGCUCUUGCAGGAUGGAUUUUCAAGGGUCAAUUCCAACCUAUAUUUAUGACAUCGAUUAUGGUAUGUCAGCACCCUGCCAAAAAAUCAAUGUGAAACAAAUUGCAGCCCAGCUCCUGCCCCCACUCUACUCCCUGGUGUUCAUCUUUGGUUUUGUGGGUAACAUGAUGGUCUUCCUCAUCUUGAUAAGCUGCAAAAAGCUGAAGAGCAUGACUGAUAUCUACCUGCUCAACCUGGCCAUCUCUGACCUGCUCUUCCUGCUCACACUCCCAUUCUGGGCUCACUAUGCUGCAAAGGAGUGGGUCUUUGGAAAUAUAAUGUGUAAAGUAUUCACAGGGUUCUAUCACAUUGGUUAUUUUGGUGGAAUCUUCUUCAUUAUCCUCCUGACAAUUGAUAGAUACUUGGCUAUUGUCCAUGCUGUGUUUGCUUUACAAGUCAGAACAGUCAACUUUGGAGUGUUAACAAGUGUUGUCACUUGGGUGGUGGCUAUGUUUGCCUCUCUCCCAGAAAUAAUCUUUACCAGAUCUCAGAAAGAAGGUUUUCAUUAUACAUGCAGUCCUCAUUUUCCACAAACUCAAUAUCAUUUCUGGAAGAGUUUCCAAACAUUAAAAAUGGUCAUUUUGAGCCUGAUCCUGCCUCUACUUGUCAUGGUCAUCUGCUACUCAGGAAUUCUCCACACCCUGUUUCGCUGUAGGAAUGAGAAGAAGAGGCACAGGGCUGUGAGGCUCAUCUUUGCCAUCAUGAUUGUCUACUUUCUCUUCUGGACUCCCUACAACAUUGUCCUCCUCCUGACCACCUUCCAGGAAUUCUUUGGAUUGAAUAAUUGCAGUAGUUCUAAUAGACUAGACCAGGCCAUGCAGGCAACAGAGACUCUUGGGAUGACACACUGCUGCCUAAACCCUGUCAUCUAUGCCUUUGUUGGGGAGAAGUUUCGGAAUUAUCUCUCAGUGUUCUUCCGAAAACACGUCGUCAAACGCUUUUGCAAACGCUGUUCAAUUUUCCAGCAAGACAAUCCUGAUCGUGUAAGCUCAGUCUAUACCCGGUCCACAGGAGAACAAGAAGUUUCUACUGGUUUAUGACCUGGGUUGAGUUUUAUGUAUCACUUAGUUUUUCUAUGUAACUUGGGGGUAGGAAUGGUUCUUUUAAAGAAGAAAUUACUGUCAUAGAGGGCCCAAGAUACAUACAUCUUGUUGGUAUUUAUUUAAGAUCGAUUUGGUCUUUUAAAACUGAAUGAGAGUUUUGGAGCUGGCAAGGAGAACAGGUCUUUUAUCUGGAUCAGGAAACAUGCACAAAGAGACUUGAGGCAGGGGCCAUGGCGCAUGUGCAAAGGGAUGGACACGGGGCAGAUGCUGAUGCUGUUGUCUAGAGAUGAUAUGUCUCAUCUCUGUGUUCCUGAGAGGUGGCUUUAAAUAUGCCUGAUUGGCAUAAAGUCACUUCUUGCUGUCCAUUGAUGUGCCUGAUUGCCAUAAGAGGAAGAACCACUUCUGCAUAUAAAAUGUAGAGUCAGCAGAACUUGGGGUAAAUUGGAGUUAGAGGUUAACAAGAUCCCCUAGGCCUACUUAGGUUGGAAUAAACAUUGAGGAAACAGCAAAUACAAAGGAAGAGUAAAGAGUUUGGCUUAGGAAGGUAGUCUCAUUUUAUAGUUUGAAUACAAAGUGAUCUCAGGCUGGCAUUUUGUUGCUGCUUUCAGACCUAAAUUCUACCAUACCAGCUUUGAUCCUAGCGGGUAACCAGAGAUCUGUGAAACACCUGGAUUAUGAAUCAUGAGCCUGAGGUCUAGGAAUAAUAUGAACCCUUUGUGAUUCUUGUGAUGAGGGCUGUUUACAUAGUUUGAACCCAGACCUUUAUAACCUUGAGCAGAGGCUUCAAGAGAUGGGGGAAGAACAUCAAUUUUUCUCUAUUUACUUGGCAAUCAUCAUAUCUGGGAGGUUCAUUUUAGAAACAAGUUGUUGUGCACUUCAGGAGCCAUGCAAAUAUAACUACUGCCCUCCGUGUUCCAGUUUGAGUAUGAGGGCUUCAGUCACUCUUUCCAGAUGGCUUCUCCACACAAACAGUGCUACAUUUAGCCAUUUCAGAGAGCUUUAGGAUUUUUUGUUGUUUUUGUAGUUGAUUUUGUUUUGAAUUUUAGAGCAGUUAAGAUCUUCAUAGUGAAGGCUAGGGGAAGAAACAAAGGGAUUAGAAUCUCUCAGAAGAUUAAAGUAUCUGCCUAACAAGAGGUGCUACUGGUUUUUCUCAAGCUCCAAUUGUGAAACCAGAGUCCUGUGACUGUCAGCAGGAAGUGAACAUUUGCUUUUUUUUAUUCCUGGAAUCCACAUCCUCUUCCCCACUGUGUAGCCCAGACUAGCAUCAAGUUCAUGAUCUUCCUGCUUACAUCUCAAACUCUGAGAUUACAAGUAUAUAUGAACAUAUCCACUUGUAUUUUUAUAUUCGUUAGCAUAUAGAAAGUUAUAAAUUCUUUGAAGAUAAUGAGUAUUAUAAAAAGUGCUUUGUAAAAAUUUUUAUACUUUCCAUCAAGUGUAUAUUUAGUGCAUAGUACAUAAAAUUAUGAGAGUAUUUUGUAAGUAGUUGUUUCACUACUUACAAAAAUAAUACUUAUUUAAAUACAGAGUUCUUAGAUUAAAUGGGUGGUGGUGAUGAUUACCUUUCCUUUAAAGUAUUUUUAGCAGUUAACUUACAUCCUGAAACAAAUUUUCAUAAUAAUUUGUUAUUAAAAAUGUUAUGUUAUUUGUGCAAUGUUGCCUUGAAAUAUUGUAAUUUUUAAAUUGUACUUACUUUCAAUUAAAAGAGUUUUAACAUAUUUACAAAUUUAUUUCAGAUGUCAAGAAUCUGGUUGAAAAUAAAGAUAUGCAACUUUGUGGUCUGGUAUUUGAGUGGGAGUCACAGGAGAGAGAGCAUUGCCUUUGUUUCUCUUCCUUCUUUUCUUUCUCUUUCUUUUUUUUUCUUUCAAAAAUAUGUUAAUAAUUUCAGUAAUGAAAAUUCUAUAACACUGAGAGUUCUGUGCAUGGUUUUUCCUGCUCAGAGAGAGGAUAGAUGUUCCAAGAGAGUUUGGAACAUGCUGGUUUUCAGUCUGCUACAACCCCAGCUCCCAAAGAAGGCGUGCAAAGAUAUUCUGGCUGUUAAUGCUCCUAAUGGAAGAGACAAACAAGUAGGAAAUAAAACUGGCUCUGAAUGGUUCAAUAACUUCUCGACAGAGUCAAAAGGUUGCUUUUCAUUCCUUAGAUCUGAAGGUAGAAAGUGUCAAAGAAGAGUGGAAGGCAGAUGGGCUUAGAAGACAGGAGUGAGGGGAAGGGAGCCCUUUAUCUGCUAUGAUAGAGCCAGCUUUUGUGAGGAUGAGGGAAAGUGUGUUAGUAAGUUAUCUUGCUGCUGUGACAAAAUAUCUGACAAAGGCAGCUUAAGGAAAGAAGGUUUAUGAUUGCUGAUAGUUUGAAGGAAUGCACUCUACUGUGAUGUGUGAGAAGUGUGAGCUUGGUGGUCAUGUCACAUCUACACCCAGGAAGCAAAGAAUUGAAUACUGGUGUCAGCUCUUUCUCCUUUUUAUUCAGCCCAAGUCCCCAGUCCAUGGAAUGGUGUUGUCCAUAUUAAGGAUGGGUCUGGAAACAUCCUCAUAGAUACAGAAAUGUGUUUCCUAAGUAGUACUAAAUCCAGUAAAGAAGUCAAUCAAUA